AAACAAAACCCAAUAACAUAGAUGAUCAACUAAUAAUAUAAAUACUAUCUAAAUUAUUUAAUAAACUACUACCUAAUAAUUAUUUAAUUAACUACUAUUAAUCUUCUAUCAAAGAGCCAAAUGAGUGUGAUUGUGCAUGUUUUCCUUAUCUUCUCUGCACAUUUUAAUUAUCCCUUCGAAAUCAGUUUUCAGAUUCCAAAACAAAAAUAAAGUUUUGCAAUAGAAAUGGCAUCUGCAGUAUCAAGUCUUCUGAUGCCUUCUGACGAUGUCAAUACUGCUAUCACUGAGUUCGCUCGACGAUUUAAUCACAGUUAUUACCAACCCCUUCAAUUGGCAAUACUAAAAGGCGACUGGAAAUCAACAAAGGCUUUUCUUGAUAAUGAUCCAACCGCAUUGACAGCUAAGGUUACAAUACAUGGCAGGACUGCACUUCAUGUUGCAGCUGUUGGAGCUCAGUGGAAACUUGUCGAGAAGUUGGUGCAACAUCAACAUAUGCCUGCAAAUAUGCUUGCAGAAUUGGAUUUAAUGGGCUGUACUUGCCUUCACUAUGUUGCAAUGGGCAAAAGUGUAAAUACCGCAAAGGCAUUGGUGGCUAAAAAUCCUUCUCUUACACAAGUUACUGAUUUAAAGGGAUUUACACCACUGAUCUACAGUAUUACAUCUAGAAGAUGUAAAGAAAUGAUUUGGUAUUUUGUUUUGAAUACUACAGAUGAAAGUCCUAGUUGUCCAUUCUCUGGUCCGUCUGCUAAUCAACUUGUUGGUUUGCUUACAGGAGCCGGAUUUCAUGAUAUCACCAUGCAUCUUCUGCAUCGCUACCCUAACUUGGCCACUAUUUCUGAUUCAAAUGGUAGCAGCAUUAUACUUAAUGUUCUGUCAAAAUUGCCAUCUCACUUUCAAAGUGGACAAAAUCUUGGCUUGCUGUUCGCAAUCAUUCUCAGAAGUAUUCUCUUGAAACAUGAAUAUGGAAAUAUAAUAUGGACUGCACCUUAUACUCUUCUUCCUGGCUUAAAGCAAGCUAUAGAUAUGAAGUUGAGACAUGUAUAUGCUGUGAUAUUGACUGAAUUUGUUAUCUCACGAGCUUCAACCAUGAAUUCGAAUGACUAUCCAUUUUGGCAAUCUUUUGUGAGUCCGGAAAUUAUUUUCAGUGCAACAUCAUCUGGCAUAGUUGAGAUUUUGGAGACUUGUUUUCAGUUUUUUCCUGAUUUGGUUUGGACUCACAUUCCUAAUGAAGGGAACGUGGUUCAAAUUGCCAUCAAGAAUAGGCAAGAAAAAGUUUUUAGAUUUCUAUGCAAGAUGCCAAUAAUUUGCCAGCUUUUAGUGUUGGCAAUAGAUGAAUCAAAUAACACUGCAUCACACGUGGCAGCAAGGUUUACUUCUAAAAUAGAAUCAGAUUCAGGUGAAGCAUUGCAAAUGAUAAGAGAGUUACAGUGGUUUCAGGAAAUAGAGAAAUUGGAUGACCCUCUCCAUAAACAAGUGAAAAACAACGAUGAUAAAACAGCUUCCCAAGUGUUCAUGAAAGAACAUAAACCCUUAAUUGAAGAAGGGAAGAAAUGGAUAAAGGAUAGAUCAAACUCUUGUAUGGUAGUGGCAACUCUUAUUGCAACAAUCACCUUUGCGGCUGCGAUAACUGUACCUGGAGGUAACAACCAGGACAAAGGAACACCAAUAUUCUUGCCAAAUCACAAAUUCGGCGUGUUUAUGUGGUCCAAUGCAGUGGCUUUCUUUUCCUCAAUGACUUCUCUUCUGGUGUUUAUAGCAAACAGGAAUGGAUACUACACUGAAGAAGAAUUUGUGAUGGUAUUACCUCAAAGAUUAGUAAUCGGUUUGAACUUCUUGUUUGUUGCUGUGGUGACAACAAUGGUAGCAUUUAUUGCAGCUCUGUCUUUGUUUCUAGAGGACAGAUUCAAAAAUUUUACAACUAUUAUUUGGUCAUUGGCUUCUAUUCCAUUUUUAAUAUCUCUAAUGCUUCUGCUUCCAUCUACUACCGUGGAGUUACUAUAUAAAACGCGUUAUUAUCCUAAAAAAGGGUCUAUAUGACUUUUUUUUUUGCAUUUCUGUUUACCAACACAAUCCAAAGCAUUAUUUAGGUAACAUCUAAAAGGCCCAAAUGUAACAUCUCUAUUUUCUGUAAACUAUAUUUUCAUAUAUCUAUGGAUAAAUAUAUCACCUUAUCAAUUAAUAGUUGUCAUUUUAGAUGAUUUUACAUGUAUGUUAUAGUGAUUAUUGGGAUAUUUCGUGUGCAUGAGAUUACUAAUUAUAAGUUUGUGAUUAUUGUUUUAUUUUAA